AUGGCAACUCGAGGACACAAGAAAGGUAAGUUGAGCCCCAGGUAUAUUGGGUCAUACGAUGUCACAGAAAGAAUUGGACCAGUUACUUAUCGACUCACUUUAUCGAUGGCUCUAUCCAAUCUACACGAUGUGUUCCACGUGUCACAACUCCUGAAACAUGAGCUCGAUCCAUCGCAGAUAAUGCCGUCAAAAGCCGUCGAGGUUCGAGAGAAUCUUUCAUACCUCGAGAGACCAGUUAAAAUUUUGGACCGAAGAGAUCAAGUAUUGAGGAACAAGUCCAUACCACUGGUACAAGUGCUGUGGAGGAAUCCAAUAAGCGAGGAGCUAACAUGGGAACGAGAAGAGGAUAUGAAGCGUAAUUUUCCAUUUUUGUUUGAAGAGACAAUAAGCAGGAUGGAUGUAGACUAA